CGCUCGCGCUGUUCAAAAAAGUUGAGGCUUUUGACUCGUGGAGCAAAAAACGUCGUCUAAUCGUCCGAUGAGUGCGUUUCUUUUGGCUGAGGCCCAGUACUGGUGAACACUGGUCUCUGCGAGGUAUCUCUGGCGUUGUUUUAGGCAGUAUGCAGCGCUGUACAGCACAAUUCUCAAAAAUCAGCGCCUCGCUAGUGUCUUACAGCACGCUAGCAAUCGCGCGCAAUUAGCCGCGUAUGCGGAUUUCACAGCCUUCGAAGCCUAAAGGUGGCCACAGUCCACGGCAUUAGUGCACAGUGGUGUCGCCGCAGCGCUCCGCGCGAAAACGCGGGACAGAUUGGAGCGCUAGAGCCACCAAACCGCUCAUGGACCCCGCCGAGCAGUUGCGAAGCGUCACGCAGCACCGAGAUGCGCUGCUAGCGGAGGUCAAGACGCUGCAGCGUGACAAGCACCACCUGCGCCGCGACGUCGAGACCCUAAGAAGGGACCUCGCGGCGACGAGUAGUGCUAGAGACGCCGCGGUGCUGGAGGCCGCAUCAUUAAGACGGCGCCUGUCCACGGCCGCGCCGCGCGUCGAGUCGCCCGGCGCGCCGCCUCCAUCAAAAGCGCGGCCGCGGGCGCCGCCGCCGCCGCCAAGGCCCGCGUCGGGCGCAGCACAAAGGCGGGCCGCAUCCAAUGGAUUCGGCCUCGCGGCGCCGCGCGCGCCUAAUGCUUUGCCGCCAAGGCCCGUGUCGGGCGCGGCACAAAGGCGGGCCGCGACGGCGGGUUUCGGCCUCGCGCCCGCGAGGCCGCCGCGACCAACGCAGAUCGCGCCGCCGCGGAAGAAGAAGAAGCGUGCCCAAUCAAAUAUGAAUGGUCUGAUCGACGGCCUCUACCUGACGAGCGUCUGGAACGACGAGCUCGCCGCGGACUACACGAGAGCGCUCUUAGAUGACGUGUGGAAGGGCCACGUGCCGCCCAUACAAGCUUUAUCUGGCGCACUUGAAUUAAGGGCGUGGCGGUUAGCAGGACCCAAGGAUCAGGUACGAGAGUGGGAACGCGACAACCAGCCGUGUGCCCACCCCUUCGACUCCGGUGAAGACCGUCGUAUGAUCGCGGCGCGGAACGGCCGGAAACAGGCGCGACGGCGACACGUUCUGGACGACGACGCGGAGGACGCCUGGGCCCAGGCCGCCCAGGCGUCACAAGUCGGAUCCAUGGGUUUACCUGAGAGAUCCAUGCGCGAGGCCCGCGUUUGUUUGGCGAAGUGGCGCCUUGCUGCGACCGAGAGACCGUGUCCUCUACUGCCGGACGACCUGUUUCUGGCUCAUCUUGGGCCCUGUUUGGACGGCGCGUCCCUCGCUUGUCUACAAGCUUCCUCGCGCUACUUCUGGGUCCCUCGUCCAACUCUAGGACCUUGCGCGGCGAUCGCUCUUCAGUCUCUAGGUCAGCCGCAGACGUUUUAUACUGUGGCGCCGUGCGAGCGCCUCCAACGAAGGUUGGACGUCGGCGCGCGGCUGAAGGUGUUGAGAGCAAGGAACAAGUUCCACCGCGCCCUUAGCGAGUGGAAGGACGAGGUCCGUCGGCAGCGCGCCGCGGAGAAGGCAGCGGCGCAGCAAGCGUAUGAAUCGGCCAGAGCACUACUCGAGGACAUCCAGAACGCGAAGGACGCGUGCGCCGCGGCGAAGGCCGCCUUACCCGAUAAUUUCGCGCCGGGCGAGGCGACGAUCUGUGUGGAAAUCAAAUUUCGGGCGCCCUACGCCAUCGACGCGAUGGUGUCUCCAUCGCGGCAUCUGCUCGAUGGCGUGGAGGUUCUACGCCAUCGACGCGACGCUACGCCAUCGACGCGACGUAAUUCCCGUCACCGCAUCUGCUCUCACGAGGCUCACUGGUUGAUUUCCACAUAGGUUCUCGAAAAGAUCGUCGACUUCGAGCAAACACGCGAGCAGAAGCGCCUCCGGCCCUUCAACAACCCGCGGCAGUGCAUGCUCGCGCCGCGCCCGAAGGCGAAGUUCACGAAGGACGCCGCCGCCGGAAAUACGAACAAGCCCCUCUUCGACAUCUUCCGCAAGCCCCAGAAACGCCAGCGGACGGACGACGACGACGAGGUCGAGAUAGUUUAAUAGACACUAGUUAAUCGAUACGAUAUCGCCUUCGAGGGGACUUGGACUUGCCCAGGCGAUAGUUUGU